AACCGGCUCCGGAAGCGGACGGCCACGCGGGCUCGCCGCCGGAGGAGCGUGCUGCUGCCGCUGCAGCCAUGACCAAAAUAAAGGCCGAUGCGGACGGGCCGGAGGCCCAGGGCGAGGCGUGCUGCGGCGAGCGCACGUACCAGGAGCUGCUGGUCAACCUGAACCCCAUCGCGCAGCCCCUGGCUUCCCGCCGCCUCACGCGGAAGCUGUACAAGUGCAUCAAGAAAGCCGUGAAGCAGAAGCAGAUCCGGCGCGGGGUGAAGGAGGUGCAGAAGUUUGUCAACAAAGGCGAGAAGGGGAUCAUGGUUUUGGCAGGAGACACGCUGCCCAUUGAGGUAUACUGCCACCUCCCAGUUAUGUGCGAGGACCGGAAUCUACCCUACGUGUAUAUCCCCUCGAAGACGGACCUGGGUGCAGCUGCAGGUUCCAAGCGCCCCACCUGUGUGAUCAUGGUCAAGCCCCACGAGGAAUACCAGGAAGCGUACGACGAGUGCCUGGAGGAGGUGCAGGCCCUGCCCUCCCCCCUCUGAAGGACUCGGCAACCUGGGACUGACUGCACCUGCCUGCUG